AUGUCAAUGAUAUUUUUGAUGUUUUUCUUUCUGCGCGGCUGCAAUGGCGUUAUCUACAGUUUAAACAGUAGCGAAUAUAACCGAAUGCCACCGCUAUACGGCCUCGAUGACUUUGAGGCUUGCUUGCUGGAACCCGGCGGCACAUACUGUCUAGUCGACGCUGAUCUGUUUUCGGAGAGACCGUCAGACCUGAUGCAUCUCAUACAGGAAUACUCAGCAGACGUAAAGAAACAUUACAACCAUACGCAAAUACACAGGGGAGUGUGUGUAACAAAAAGCUGUCAACAUUUAAAUUAUACUUGGGACCUAAAUGAGACCCUUGAAGUAUGCUUGAAUGAAUCCAUUUGGAAAGAAUACAAUAUACAAGCAAAACUAAGUCAUAUACACUAUUGUAAACGGGACGUAGACCAUGCAGUUUUGGAUGUGAGUGACUUUGUUGUGAUCAUUGUUUAUAUGGUCCUAAUUGCACUCAAUAUAAUAGGAAGCUUGUACGAUGUCCUUUUCUGUCAUCAAAAUAGCAAAUCAGGUAAUCCAUAUGUACUUUCGUUUUCUCUACGGCGAAAUUGGGAAAAAUUGGUGGCGCCAAGUGGUGUUGGGACUGACCACAGACUGCAGAGGCUAAAGUCAUUUCAUGGUUUGAGGUUAACUCCAACGUACGCACUCAUACUGGCCACUAUUUCCACAUUGAUGAGACACAUCGGCAGUGGACCGAUGUGGGACUUGGUGGUAACCAGCGAAUCCAACGCCUGCCGCCAGUACUGGUGGGCGCACGUGUUCUACAUACAAAACUAUAUAUACGACGACAAGCUUUGUGUCCCAGUGAGUUGGUAUCUAGCAGCAGAUACGCAAUUAUUCUGCUUGGGUCUACUGAUUUGCAUGACGUGCAGGACGAUGCGGACCAAGAAGGUUGCUCUCUUAACCUUGUUUUUACUAUCAUUGCUCAUUACAUCCAGCGUCACGUAUUUCCUAGAUCUAGACGCCAUCAUUAUACAAUCACCUGAAACAUGUCGAAACUUAUAUGUCUCGGACUACACUUUCAAUUAUAUGUAUAUACCUGGUCACACUAAUCUCUCCACCUACAUCAUGGGCCUCAGUGGCGGUUUCCUCGCUUACCAUUGGCAGGAAGAGGGGAAGAAUUUGGAUAAAUAUAAGAUAUACCAAUGGGUGAUUUGGUUGUUGUUCCCGAUCGCAGUCCUCGAGAUCCUCUCCGGGGCGAUAUUCUAUCUCAGUGAAGACGACAUGAUUCCGACGGCCUUCAAAGUGUUGUACGCGACCCUGUACAAGCCACUGUUUCAGUUGCUAAUAGUGACCUUCAUCAUAAGUUGCGUAUUUAAAUUAGAAUCGUGUUACCGCAAGAUCGUGGAGUGGCGCGGCUUCACCUGGGCCGGUCGCCUCUCUUACGGCACGUAUUUAGUGCACACUCUCGUCAUAAAAGGCCUGAUUGGUUCCCAAACGCACCCUACACACAUGACAGAUUAUUAUGUGCUGGUUGUGCUAGCUGGGUCAGUGAUGCUGUCGUUCCUGGCGGCGGGCGCGCUGUGGCUGUGCGUGGAGGCGCCAGUGGCCGGCCUCGUGCGAGCCGCGCGCACGCGCACUGGGGGGCAGCGGGUGGAGGGGCAUUAA